CCAACCCUCAGCUAAAAAAAAAAAGGUCAUAGCAUUCACUAGCUACCAAUGCAGCUAGUAAUUUUCCUUUUCCUCACAGUUUUUCCUAGGAUAUUUGCAUUGGGUGGCAACUUUGCCCAAGAUUUUGAUAUUACAUGGGGAGGUGGCAGAGCUCGGAUACUUCACAAUGGUGAGCUUCUCACACUUUCCCUUGACAGAGCCUCUGGCUCUGCUUUUCAAUCAAAGAGUAAGUAUCUCUUUGGCAAGAUUGCCAUGCAGCUCAAACUCGUCCCUGGGAAUUCUGCUGGCACCGUGACAUCCUACUAUUUAUCCUCCACGGGAUCAACAUGGGAUGAAAUAGAUUUUGAGUUCUUAGGAAAUAUGAGCGGUGAACCUUACACUGUUCACACCAAUAUAAUCACCAACGGCAAAGGAGACAGAGAACAACAAUUUCAUCUCUGGUUUGACCCUACAGCAAGUUUCCACACCUAUUCCAUUCUCUGGAAUCCCCACAUUAUCAUAUUCUAUGUUGACGGAACACCCAUUAGACAGUUCAAGAACAUGGAGUCGCGCGGCGUUCUGUUUCCCAACAGGCAGCCAAUGAGAAUCCAUUCGAGUCUAUGGAAUGCGGAUGACUGGGCCACCAGAGGGGGUAUUGUUAAAACGGACUGGAGCAAAGCUCCAUUUAUUGCAUCUUACAGAAACUUCAGUGCACAAGGGUGCUUAUGGACUCAAGGAUCGGUACCAUCUUGUGGUUCUGGCUCGUAUCCGCGGAUUAGAGAGCUGGACUCCGCGAGCCUGAAAAGGCUGACAUGGGUGCGGAAGAAGUACAUGAUUUACAAUUAUUGUAUCGACAAAAAGCGUUUCCCAAAUGGCUUUCCUCCGGAAUGCGUUGGUGGAGAUUAAAUUAGGCCAUAACUUUAAUUUAAUCAUGUUGUGGAAUUAAGGAGGAAUAUAAUUAAACUAUACUAAACAUUCAACUCUUCCAGAGUGCAAGCCUAAUAUAGGUUGAUCAUGGCUUCAUAAUAAGCCAUAUGUAGGUUUUUCUUACUUAUUAGCGUUUGAAAUUUAGACUUAUAAUUAACUGUAAGAAUAAGU